GGGAUGGAGAGAGAGAGCCUUACUACCACCUGAGACACCGUGGCACCAGCAGAGCCCUGAGCAGGCACUGGGACUGGCACGUGCGGCUGAUGAGGGACCCCAAGGUUCUCUGGUUCGAGCAGCAGACAGUGAGGAGGCACAGGAAGAGAGGUGCCAGCGUGGUGCCCACUGACCCCUGGUUCCACAAGUAGUGGUACAUGAACAAUGACAUCAAUCCUGACCUGAACAUCCUCCUGGCUUGGAGCAGAGGCUACACAGGGCUGGGGGUUGUGCUGACCAUCCUGGAUGAUGGGCUGGAGAAGGACCACCCUGACCUGGCUGCCAACUACGAUCCGCUGGCAAGAUACGACUUCAACAGCCAUGACCCCGAUCCCCAACCCAGAUACGACGACAGGGACAAUAACUGGCAUGGCACAUGCUGUGCAGGAGAAGUGGCAGCUGUGGCCAACAACGGAAUCUGUGGGGUAGGUGUCACGUUCCUCGCCAGAAUCGGAGGUGUGCGAAUGCUGGAUGGUGACAUGACAGACAUGCUGGAGGCUCAGGCCCUCAGCCUGCACUCCCAGCACAUGCACAUCUACAGCGCCAGCUGGGGCCCCAAGGACAACACGAAGACAGUGGAUGGGCUUGGAGUGCUGGGUGCAGCCGCUUUCCACAGAGGGAUCACCAAGGGACAGGGUGGUCUAGGCUCCAUCUUCAUCUGGCUGAGCAGCUUCAUCCUGCACCUGCAUGGCACAGAUGAGGACAUGACAGUCAGGCACACCACAGCUACUGCUGAGGACGAGUGCCUCAGGAGGGACAUGCGGGGAACCUGUGAGGAGUGUGGCAGCUCCCUGUAUGCCCACCCGCGCUCCUGCUUGUCCUACUGCCCUCCAUGUUACUACGGCUGGAGUGGCACCAGCAGGGACACAACCCAUUUCUGUGCCGGCUGCCACCCCUCCUGCUACACCUGCUAGGGCACUUCAGCCACGAACUGCACAUCCUGUCCCCCUGCCCACACCUUUGAGGAGCUCACCCACACCUGCUCCCCAGCACAGACCUCCUCUGCCUCGAGGAGGCGGCCGAGGAACCUCAUGGCUAUCCUCAUCUGCAGCAUCCUUGUCCUCCCAGCUGUCCUCUGCCUCACAUACUGCAUGGGCCUUUGCGCU